AUGACUAAAUUCAAAACUAGUUCUAGAGUAGGGUUUCGAAAAUAUGUUCCUAUAAUUUUAACAUUAACCAUUCUUGGUUUAAUCAUUACAUUUUUCAGUUUUCCAUCACUUAAUGGAGGUAAAGAUAUUCAAGAAGUUAUAUCCAAUUUACCAAAUGAUAAAAUGCUUGGGUUAUCUAAUUUAUUAAGUACAGAAAAUACUAAAAACCAAGGUGAAUUAUUAGCUAAAAUUGAAAAAUUACAUGCUAAAUUUUUUGAAGAACAAAAUGAAAGAUUAGUUAGAAUUGAAAAACAAAAUAAAAAAUUAUUAGAAGAAAUUAAAUUAUUAAAAGCACCACCAGCAACUGCUUCAAUUAGAGAUAAAUUAACAUUUUUAUAUCCAUAUGAUGCAGAUGCUAGAUUUCCAGCUUAUGUUUGGCAAACUUGGAAACAUGGAUUAAAUGAUGAAAGAUUUGAUGAAAGAUAUAAAGAAGGUGAAAGACAAUGGGCUUAUAAAAAUCCAGGAUUUGUUCAUGAAUUAUUUAAUGAUGAUACUGCUCAUGCUAUGGUUAAACAUUUAUUUAAACAAGUUCCUGAAGUUAUUCAAGCAUUUGAAAAAUUACCUGAAGUUGUACUUAAAAUGGAUUUUUUCAGAUAUUUAAUUUUAUUUGCUAAAGGUGGUGUUUAUGCUGAUAUUGAUACUUUCCCAAUUCAACCUAUUCCAAAUUGGAUCCCUGAAAAUGUUAGUCCUUUAGAUAUUGGUUUAAUUGUAAGUGUUGAAAGUGAUUCAAAUUCUCCAAAUUGGAGACAAGAUUCUGUUAGAAGAUUACAAUUUGCUCAAUUUGUCAUGCAAUCAAAACCAGGUCAUCCUAUUUUAAGAGAAAUCAUUGCUCAAAUUAUUGAAUAUACUAAAAAUAUGGAUACUUUAGAAUUGGGUGGUAAUACUAAUGAAAAAUCUCUUACUAUUAUGAAAUGGACUGGUAGUGCUAGAUUCACUGAUGUUAUUUUCCAAUAUUGGAAUGAUUAUUUAUUAAGUGGAAUUUUUGAAAGUAUUAAUUGGCAACAAUUACAUAAUUUGAACAUUCCUAAAUUAAUGGGUGAUGUCUUGGUCUUACCACAAAAUUCAUUUGCUGCUAAAGAUGAAAAAGAUCAAUUGGCUUUUGCUAAACAUUAUGGUGAUAAAAUUUAUAAACAAGUUUAA